CCGAGGAGUAGCUUGCGAGGAAGAUAAAUUGCCGAUCCGUAAAAAUGCCAGUACAACGCCCGCGCACACGCAGUGGAGCAGUUGCUCCUGCUGUUGAGCCUACUACUGCACCGCCUAGAGGUGGACGGCGUGGAGUGCCAUCUCCACCGUCCUCUCCUUCGCCGCCUAGGCAGGAGGCCAAUUCUAGGCAUGCACCUGCCGUAGCAGCGUCAGUGCAUGGUCCUAGAGUACCUGAGCCUGUGCCCCAGACCCCAGUGCCCGAGUUAGCUCCGUCCCCAGAGGCGAUGCAGGCCUUCAGAGCCUAUUGGGACAAUCAGGAUAGGCAGCCGACCUAUCAGGAGUUCAGAGACUUCAUGAGCUUUUGGAGCAUGUAUGGAGAGGAUGUACCGACUGCGCAGCCACACGCUUCAGCACCACCCCGAAUGCAGUCAGUUCCCCUAGUCCCUGCAGAGGACAGUAGGUCCAGCCAGAGUUUGUUCUUGUCUAAGCUCCUGAAGGAAGCCCGACAGUUAGGCUGCAGUUCUUUUGAUGGCACGAGCGAUGCCAUGGUUGCCAAAGAGUGGCUAAAGCGGGUGAUAGCUACUUUCGACGACAUGGUUCUAGAAGAAGACCUGAGGCUCAAGGUUGCUACGAGGUUACUUGAGGGCAGAGCCAGAGUUUGGUGGGAAAGUCUGAAAGGUCGUUCCCGUGUUGUUUUGAGUUGGUCAGAUUUUCAGAGGGAGUUUGACGAGGAGUACUACACCCGUUUCCAUAGAGACCAGAAAAAGGCGGGGAGUUCAUGCAGCUGA